GUAUUUUCAAUUCAUUUAUCUGCAGGAAUGAUUGCGGCUAUCAGUCUGGAGCUCACCGCCUGGAUGAGGAGGUGAAAGUUUCUCCGCAGGAGGAGAAACCGCAAAAGACAAUAUUGUACACGUGAUUUGCGUCUGCAGCUGAGCUGAGCUCGCGGGGCAAGAUUGCACGCGUUAAAAAAUAAAUGCAAAGUUUGCGAGUUGCUCAGUGAAGAAGAGUCUCGCAGUUCUGAGACUGAAGAUCGGCGCUGAGAAUUUCCGAGCCUUUUACUUAGCGUGUGCGUCGCGGUCCGAGCUGCAGAGUGAAGAUGCUCUUGGACGCCGGACCACAGUACCCAGCCAUAGGAGUGACUACAUUCGGCUCGUCCAGACACCACUCAACAGGCGAGGUCACAGACAGUCACAGGGAAGUCGGACUGGGGAUAAAUCCGUUCGCCGAUGGCAUGGGUGCCUUCAAAAUCAACCACAGCACCCACGACCUGGCUCCAGGGCAGACUGCGUUCUCGUCUCAGGCGCCGGGCUACGCGGCCGCCGCCUUGGGUCACCACCACCACCCGACUCACGUGGGCUCGUACUCGGCGGCCGCUUUCAAUUCCACGCGGGACUUUCUGUUCCGGAACAGGGGCUUCGGGGACCCCGCGAGCGCGCAGCACAGCCUCUUCGCCUCCGCCGCGGGGAGUUUCGCGGGGCCGCACGGACACUCAGAUGCCGCGGGACACCUUCUCUUCCCCGGACUCCACGAGCAGGCGGCCACGCACGGCUCCCCCGUCAACAGCCAGAUGCGCCUCGGCUUUUCGGGAGACAUGUACGGCAGAGCAGAGCAGUACGGCCAGGUGACGAGCCCCAGGUCCGAGCACUACGCGUCCACUCAGCUGCACGGCUAUGGCGCUAUGAACAUGAACAUGGCUGCGCACCACGGCGCCGGGGCCUUUUUUCGCUACAUGAGACAGCCUAUAAAACAAGAACUCAUCUGUAAGUGGAUUGAGCCGGAGCAGCUGGCGAACCCCAAAAAGUCCUGCAACAAAACUUUCAGCACGAUGCACGAGCUCGUGACGCACCUCACGGUGGAGCACGUCGGCGGUCCGGAGCAGUCCAACCACGUGUGCUUUUGGGAAGAGUGCUCCCGAGAAGGAAAGCCCUUCAAAGCCAAGUACAAACUAGUGAAUCACAUCAGGGUGCACACGGGGGAGAAACCUUUCCCCUGCCCUUUCCCCGGCUGCGGCAAAGUGUUCGCAAGAUCCGAAAACCUGAAAAUUCACAAGCGAACCCACACGGGUGAGAAACCCUUCAAGUGUGAGUACGAUGGUUGCGACAGGCGCUUCGCCAACAGCAGCGACCGAAAGAAACACAUGCACGUCCACACGUCCGACAAACCGUACCUCUGCAAAAUGUGCGACAAAUCGUACACCCACCCCAGCUCCCUCAGAAAGCACAUGAAGGUUCACGAGUCCUCCUCACAAGGGUCACAGCCGUCGCCUGCGGCCAGCUCAGGGUACGAGUCGUCCACGCCUCCAACCAUCGUGUCUCCGUCCACAGAGAACCCGGGCAGCAGCUCUAUAUCCCCCGCAUCUUCUGCGGUACAUCACACGAGCAGCCACAGCGCACUCUCCUCCAAUUUUAACGAAUGGUACGUUUAAAGAAUUUUUAAAAGACUGCACAAUUAGGACUGCUUGGAGUCGAAUAUCUUUUUUUAAAAGCCCCGGAAUAAAUGUGGGAAAAAAAAAAAAAAAGCCGGAGAUGGAAGUAAAACGCUUGGUGGCCGAGCGCUUUUAGCGAACAGUCCAGCAGCCAAGCUGUCAGGGUUCGAGAGACUGCCAACAAGAACAUGUGAAAGCGCAUGAUAUGAGCAGGUCGCUCGACCUCCUCUGUACAUACUGACACACUUGUUUAAAUAUGUAAGAUGCCAUUCUGUAAAUAGUUAUAUAUCACAAUCUAAAUGAAUUUGUGAAAAUGUGGUCCUUAGAUUUAUGGAAGAUUAAUGGUUAAAAGAAUGCAGCAAACAUUCUUAAUGGAUCUUAUAGCUGAUGUGUACCAAAUGUGAAUUACUCUGUAAAAUAUACACGUCGAUCUAACCGACCAUUAGAAUUAAUGUGCUUUGUAUACAGUGCAAAAAAUUUCGUCCACAGUUCCAGUCUGAGUAUAGUAAACUGUUAUUACAUGUCAUGUCGAUAAAUCGUAUAGUGAAGGCCUGAAAAGUCCGUGUCAUUAUGUUUAUGUGAUUGAUACUAAAGGUAAAACUACUUGUGCAUUGCCUCGGCAACUGCAACAGUUACUCUGUAUAUAAAAUAAUUUUUUCUCCAUUUCUCCACGCAUGUAAAAGGCCGAUAUCACAUGUUAGAAAUAAUCGGUAUUUAUGGAAUAAUUGCGUUCGUUUGUAAAAUUUAGUUUACAAACAUGUUUGUUUACAUUUCGUACAACAUUAAAAGGUUAAAAAGCAAAAGAAAAUGUAUUCAAAUUGUUUGUUUACGCCACCUUGUUGAAUAGAGUGUGUCAUUUUGGCGAUGAACUGUGUCUUAUGUAUGUGCUGCUUCAUGAAAGCUGUGUGUUUGUGUCCCUGUAUGGAUGCCUCUGCAGUAUGGCAUACAAUCAAAUUGAAAUUCAAACACUUUCGGGCAUCGCAGAAAAUAUGAGUGUAAAGAUGUAAAUGUAUUAUGCUUGUGGAACAGAGACG